ACCGGAAACCGCUAGCGAAACCUUUAGCGUCUAUUAAAUCACGGACUGUGCUCGCUUAGCUUUAUUUUUAUGAAAUUAUAUCCUUAACCAUGUCAAUCCCAAUUCCCGUUCUUAACUAAGUUGGUCGAAAUCUUUGUCGUCAGUGAUGGAUGGUGACAGUGAUGAAAUAAAGGAGCAGCUGAGGCUUCAGUUUCAAGCUCUUCAAGAGCAACAAGUGCAGCGCAUCCAGAGAAGACUGGAGAUGAAAAAGACGGACUCAAACGGUCUGGACAAUAUAAACUUCACAGAAGAGAAUGAUGACACGAUGGAUCAAUUCAACGCAAGAGUGACGCAGAAUGAAAACGAACGGCUUCAAGAUCAUGUGAGGGAGCUGAGAGAUGAGAACGGCAGACUCCAUAAACUUCUGAGCGAGAAAGACUUUGAGAUAAAACACCUGAAGAAGAAGAGAGAGGAGGAAAGGCUGGCUUUAGCAGGUACUGCUGGUUUGGCAGGAGAUGCAGCAGCAACCAAAAUAGUUGAACUGUCAAAAAGGAAUCGAGAAUUAGCCGCGGAAAUAGAACGAGAGAAGACCAAAACUAAACAAGCAAACAAUCGAGUCAGAGAACUGGAGAAAGAGCUUCAGGCCACUUUGCUGCUUAAUCCUGGCAAGAAGACAACCAAAAAGCAGGAUUCAAAGACUGCGAACGACCAUCUUGAAAACAGCCCGGUAGUAAAAUCCCUGCAGGAGAAAUUAUCUACCGCCCAGCUCAAAAUGACUGAAUACCGCAACCAGAUCCAGGCCUUUAAACAGGAGCUAAAAAUAGCUCACAAGGUGUUGAGCUGUGAGGUGGGUGAGGACGUCAGUAUUCAGCAGAUACUGUGUAACCCGGGAGGCUGGAGAGGCCGUUCUCAGCAUAUCCUCGCCCUUCAGAACAGAGUGCGGGACCUGGAACAGCAGCUGAGCCAGUCCUUUCACAGGAAGCAGCUCUGUGACCUUGGCCUGGAGGAGAUUACGGAAACGGGAGGCUUGCUGAAGACUCAAGACAGAAACCUCAGCCACAUCCGUCACAUAGAGAGGGAGCGCAAGGAGACUCUGGAGAAGCUCACAGUGGAUUAUGAAGUUCUUCUUGAGGAGCACUCAGACAUGAAGAAGAAACUGGAAGCCUCUAAAUCCAGGAACAAAGUGCUGAGUACAGAAAUCAAAGCCCUGAAGAGUCAGAUCAGCACUCUGCUGGAUAAAGGCAAACACGACGAUGAGCUGGUCGAUGCCUUACUGAAGCAGCAGGCGAAGUGGCAGGCCAUGCUUGGGCAUCUAAGCCAGAAAGGCUCUCAGCGUGAGGAGGCUCAGCAGGGCCUGGAGAGACAUCUCCACAGCGAGGCCCAGCAGCACGCCUCGCUCAUCCAGCAGCUCAAAGCCAUGGUCUCAGAGAAGGAGAACAAGGUCAAAGAGCUGGAGCAGGAGAUCCAGCAUCUCGGCCUCAUGAAGCAGUUUGAGUGGAAGAGUCAAACUAACACCAGGCCUUUGACGUCACUUGAGAAGAGCAGGGAGUCUAACCUUCUCAGUCGACAACAAAUAGACGCACAAGCAGCCUGUGCAGAGUGUGCUGUUAAACUCCCAGCGCUCCAGGCUCAGUGUGCCGAGUAUAAGGCUCUUUAUCAAGCUGCCAGUGUGGAGAGAGACAGACUGCUGGAGCUGACCAAAGUACAGCAAACCAGGGAAGAAGAGGCGAAGCGCCAGUGCGCAGAAGCUGAGCAGAAGCUCAGACAGGAAUGGCAGCGUUCAGUCUCACUGGAGCAGCAGCUGGAGAGAGCCAAACUGGACUUAAGGAAAGAAGCGAGUCUGCAAACGCCUAAUCGGAGUAGAACAGGAAGCUCGGGCAGCACUCUGAGUCUCUCUGACAAACAGGAGGGUUCGUCUCCCAGAAGCUCCUCUGAUGUCACCCGUGACGCUCAACUUGGUGAACUCAAAGCACGGUUGGCACUGCAACUAGAAGAAAACGAAACCUUGAGAACGGCUCUGAAAAAUGCCUUGAAGGAAAAGAAAGAAGGCUUGCAAUUCUACAAGGACAUGCUGGCCCAAGCAAAACAGGAAUUUCAGCAGGCCCACAGAAAGCAUGAGCAGGGGACUUAGACUGGACUGAUGAAGGCUCUUUGCUAACAAACACAGAUCCCUGAAGGACAACACUGGCAUUAAGGAGACGCUCGCUCGUUUGGUGCUGACACACACACACACACACACACACACAGAGCCCAGUCUCAUGAAAAUGCAUAUAAAUAGUAUGAGUAAAAAUUAAAACUCAUGGUAUUGAUAAGCAAACAUGGACUUUGGCGUGUAUAUGACAUGGACGUGUUCGGAGUGCAUAUAAUAUACAGUCCAUUUUUGCGUGCAUAUACCACAGGUUUUCGUUUUUCUUUUGCAUACUAUUUAUACACAUAAGUUUGUGUAGACAGAAACAGAUGACUUGUUUCGUGAGUCUGAGCAGCAUUGGGAAGACAUGACACAUGAAGAAGAUAUGAUGCAUGUUUCACUUUUUGGGGGAAAGAAUAGAAUAAUAAUGAGAAAUUUUGUUUAUUAACGGUAGGAACAUUUUUAGCAACGAUGAAGGUAAACCCAGUGUUUUUUCUUCUUCUCUUUUUGGCACUCAAACGUGGAAACAAACUUUCCUGCCUUCUUUUCUGACGCACAUUGCUCAUUAAUAUUUGAUUUGUGUGUCGUGGUGUGAAACCAAAAAUGCCAAGCAAAACCAGAAUCGUCAGAAUGCGCUCGGUGCCCUGCUCAAGCGAUACGUGUGCGAUGACCUGACCCCUCGCUUACCGUGUCUCUCCUCUUGUUUACAUUUAGCCUAUCAGCCGGCGCAUUCAUGCUGCCAUACAUGAGUUAUUCUCUUUCCUAUGUGGCCGGAGGGGGUUUGAGGCUGCUCCACCACGCUUAAUUUAAACCUGUGGCUGAAGCAGUGUGCUCCUCUUGAAACAGCACACUAUUUCAUCUUCCCAGAAGCCUGAGGGACACUGGCAAGCCCAAGGCUGUUACGAGUGCAAGCACCACAAGACCAAAAUAUCAUCCAGGAUUGGAAAUGAUGGAAACGAAGCCUUAUUUACAGUGAAGAAAUAAAAAGAACUUGUGUUUGAAACGAGAUUGCAGAUAACAGAUGUUCAGCAAGCAAAGGGACGCUUUAGCGGAGCGCUUCAACAAAAAAUUAAAAAUCUGUCAAAGCAUACCUUGUUAAAAAUAAGCAUGCUUUUAUACGGGGAUAAUAUAUUUAAAAGAAUAUGCUCGAGUGGAAGCUGAAUGUUUUCAGACACUUGAUUGCCUGCUAUUUAUAUUCAAUUUAUUGUAGUUUAUAUUUUAAAUUUAGGCAGUUAGUUGAAAUUGUUUGAAAUAGGACACAAUAUUUAUUGCAGAACUGCUUCUGUUGUCUUAGAAAUAUGUUUAAUUGUGUUCUCAAAUUCACUGACAAUCAUUUAUGUCAAACUAAAAUGUGUUUAAUGUCAUUUCUAUUUUAAAGUUAGAUUUCUUGUAUUUAAAUAUUUCAAACUUCACAUUUUAAGAUAUUUUUGUAAACGUAAAAUAUAAAUGUAAAUUAUUAACUUAAAAUGUAAUGUAAUUUAAAUGAGAUAUCGAAUAACGCACUAGAGUUAAAUAUGGUUUUUAUGCUUAAUUUAAAACUUAAGUAAAACAUUGUCUUGUAUAAUUUCAAGUACAGUUAAAAAAAAAAAAAAGAUCUGAAGUAUACUACAAGUGCACAUCA